AUGCCUUUUGCAGCGAGCCUGCUGAAGACACAGCUGGCAGCAGAUGCUGGCAUCACACACGACGUUCUGGAAAGUGCAGCGCGAGUGAUCACGCUCCUAUGCUCAGGCGAGGCGAGCGGCAGCCAUGCGAGAUUGGACAGUGUGGGCAAGACUCGCUCAACGAGCACCACCAAGAGGAAGGAGAUGGAGGAGGGAGUCCUGGGCACCAGGCAUGGCAUGGGCUGCCCAGACGGCACACCUGCACACCCUCGAGCGGAGCGGGCGGUGUGGCGCGCUCCACGCGCACGCGGAACUUCGUUCCGCAGACCGGUCGCGCUCAGCUCGGAAGCGAGCACAGACCCAGCGCGCGCCCAAAGCCCAUGCUGA